AUGGCUGUUGCAUCUGAAGGAGCAACUAUAAUAUGCAAUCACUGUGACAGAGCUGUCCCCUCUUCAAAUAUUGAUUUGCACUCUGCUCAUUGUUUCCGCAAUCUAGAAAAAUGUAAAGUCUGUGGUGAUAUGGUUCCGAAAAAAUAUGCUAAGGAACAUUACUCGGACACCCAUGCUCCGGUAGCCUGUUCACUUUGUAGCGAGACAAUGGAACGUGAAAUAUUAGCUGUCCACAAAGGUGAAAAUUGCCCUCAAAGAAUUGUCACAUGUGAGUUCUGUGAGUUCCCAUUGCCUGCAAUUGAUCUAGCUGAGCAUCAGGAAGUAUGUGGGAAUCGGACAGAACUUUGUCAUCUUUGUAACAAAUACAUUAGACUGCGAGAAAGAUACAACCAUGAAAUUAGCUGCACUGGUGUCCCAGAUAAUACUGUGUCAUCUUCCAGGGAUGCUAGGGCUGCUGAAAGAGGGCAAGGUCCCCAACGAAGACAGCCGAAUGAGUUUUCACGGAAACGGCUUAUAUUCACCAUUGCACUAACAGGCAUUGCUGUUCUAUUAGGAUCUCUAUUUUUCGGCAGAAAGACAGAAGACAAUCAAGCGGCUGCUCUCCACACACCUUUACAAAAGGAAUUGUAUAGACUUGUAUUGAACCCCUUGCUAGCUGUGCUUGGUGUACCGUUUGCAGCAGGAGCAGUUUUGCUCUCAGGAAAAUAUUGUUGGAGCGCUGGGGCAUCCACUGAAUUGGAUUUUCUGCAGAAUGUCCCCUCCUCGCCGUACUUUUCUAAAUCCGACAACAAUCCUAAACCAGUUCGCGAGCCUACUGCUGCUGCUGCUGCAGAAAAAAAUUCCACAGGUCCAUGA